GAGUUUUCUCGCAUUUUCCGUUUUUAGCAAAAACUUUGUUUUUUAUGGUUUAUGGUUGCUUUAAUUGCUUGAUAGUCAAAUCUUAAUCAGGAACUGUUUUUGGCUUCAUUUUUUUCUAAGGUUUUCGGUUAAAGUGGGAUCUCGAAUUUUCCUGCAGCGGAUUCUGGAUUUGAAUUCUGAAGUGUGGGUGCUGCGGUGCUUCCGUUUGUAAGGAUCUUCAUCAAUUGCAAAGCCUGGUUGUGGAAUAAAGCGUUGUGGAAUCGCAGUCCGGAUCACCUACAAAAUGAAUCGCGCUCGCCGUCCGGAACUAAAAAAGUACAUGGACAAGAAAGUUCUCCUUCGACUGAAUGGAGGACGCGCCGUGCAGGGUAUUUUGCGCGGAUAUGACCCUUUCAUGAAUCUCGUAGUGGAUCAGGUUGUGGAAGAGGGAACAAAGGGCGAGAAGCAUGCUUUGGGAAUGGUUGUCGUUAGAGGCAACUCGAUCGUUCUCAUCGAAGCCUUGGAGCGAAUCGCUGUACCGCGCAUGGAAGGUACAUACGACCGAGGAUAUUAAAUUUCAUCCCAUCGUCCGAUCUCGCUCGCCGGCGGAAUAUCUCACCGACAAACAUUUCCCUCGGGUUUUCGUUCUUCAUAUCACUUAUCGUUAAUAAUUUUAUCCUCGGUUUCUAGUAUUGAUUUGUUUUUAUUUGCGACUCUGAAUUAAAGCAUAAUGGGAA